AUAGGGAUUUUAGAGUAUCGCAGUUGGCAUCAUUGUGGAGUGAGGAUCCCGAAGAUUUGACAGAUCUUUCAGGUGAUCGUAGAUGACAGCUGUGUGGUAUGUCCAAGAAUGUUGGAAAAGCUCUUGAAGAAGAAUAUUUCUCUCUUACACGACACUCCGUAAAUCAAGUGCAUUUGAUAUGGCCCGUGAAUGUGCGUCGCCAGCGAAGGUCGGAGCCGGGGCGCGACUGGCGAUGCCGCCGGCUGCGGGUUUAGCAUGAGCGUGACGACGUGCAUACGUGCCCCGUGUGUGUCGCCGUGCGGCGAUGCUGGGUCUAAUGCUGGCCCUUGUAGGGCUAGCCUUGGCUGCGGCGGCGGGCGCCGCGGCGACGCUGGCGGCACAGUGGUACCUCUUCAAUCGAUGGAUUUCCGGCCAGCCCAGCGUCUCUCCACAGGCCAAACCCGCACACGAGCCUUUCCAGUUGCCCGAGAUCUUAGCUGAAGCAUUGCGAUCAGGAGAUGUCAGCCGACCUGAAAGUUGUGUUGCUGUGAAUUUAGUGUUGCAAUUCCUAUUCCGAGAACUUCGACAUUCCCCUCAAGUGCGCAGAUGGUUGCAUAAAAAGUUGUCAGCUGAGUUUGCAGAGUUGUUGACACGAACCACAACAGGAAAGCUAUUUGACAGUGUAACAGUGCGAGAAAUAAAUUUGGGAUCUCAGCUUCCAGUUCUACAUUCCAUUGCUGUGCGCGAGGCUCGCAUUGACCCUGCUGUGGGACACUUGGAACAGUUAGACUUGAACUUGGAUAUGCAUUACUCAGGGGGCUUCCAGUUAGCUGUUGAUGCCAACAUGUUGCUUGGCAAAGCAGCUUAUCUUGCUGUAACAGUGACUCACCUGUCUGGCCAAGCUCGGCUGCAGUUUCAACGCCAUCCAUACACACAUUGGUCAUUCAGCUUCUACAGUGAGCCUCGUUUGGAGCUUGCUGUGGAAUCACAAUUCCAGGGUAGACCUCUUCCUCAAGUCACCUCUCUUAUAAUCAGUCAGAUCCGAAAAACUCUAAAAAAGAAGCACACACUGCCUCAUUACAAACUACGCUAUAAACCAUUUUUCCGUAAAUCUGGGCUUGGAGAAGAGGAGGAUGAAGGAGAUGGAGUGAACAGAGAGUCCCCUGCAGGAUCCCUGCAGGUUGCCGUGUUGGAGGUCACACGCCUGAAUUAUCCUAAUCCACCCCCUGCAUAUGUUUAUUGUUCUUUGGCAGUUGACGCGACGGCGUGGGUGGAGGUGGUGCAGCGCGCGGACAGCGGGUCGUGGCUGACGCUGGACGCGACGGUGGUCUCCCCGGGUGCCGGCGCGGAGUCCGGCGGCGGCGGCGGGGGCGCGGCGCUGGGCGUGGUGUUCAAGCAGCGCUUCGUGGCCGCGCGGCUACCAGCCAGUGCUGCUGCGGGAGCCGUGCGGCCG